UAGGCGUCACCUUUGUUUAGGUCCUGGCAAGUUAACAUGGAAGGGGACUUAGGCUCAGAGCGGUGCCAUGCAAAGCCUAUUUUUUUGUCAUUUCCCGAAGGACCAAACAUUCAGAGCUUGUGGUGACCGGCGACUAAGCAUUCAUAGUUGGGAAAUUAUGUAAAUGCCCAGUUUUAGAAGAUAGUUCAGAGCAGAAGACCCAAGAUGGGAGCCAUUCAUGGGAAAGGACGCUUUAAAUGCCAAGGAUGUCAGAAACCAUUUUCUUGGCGGUUAGAUCUGGCGGAACAUAGCAAGACCUGUAAAGGCAGCAGCUCGAGCAGGAAGGCAUGGGAGGCUCAGGCUGAACAGUUUCUGCUCGAGACGUGUUUCCUCUGCGGCUGCCAGCUGUCGGGGAUUCAGUCGGAGGAGGCUUCCUUCAUCAGGGGAAAACAAAAGCUCUACCAUUCCAAAAAGUCUUUGAUUGAGGUUCUAGAGUUGAUUACCCACGAUUCUGCAGUAUCCUCUCUGACUCACCACACCAUCGGCCUGUGCAAAAUCUGCAUGAACUCGGUGAAUAGAUGGGACGAAACUCAGCAGCAACUGCAGACCAUUGCAAAGUCACUGCGUAGUUCGUACAGAUCCAUACAAAGGAAACCAGGAAUGAAGAAGUAUAGGAAGAAGAACAUCUCAGAGAGAAGAGAAAUAGAGGAACUGAUUGAUGAAGGGGAGAGUGAAUGCAAUGAAGAGGACGAAGGGAACGAGGAGAGCGAGAGCAAAGGUCUGACGGAACAGAUAAAGCAGGAGAAGCAGACGGAUUUUCCGCAGCCGGCAGAGAGAUUUGACGAGUGCGAGAAGAAGGAAUAUGCUUGCGAGUGUGGGAAGACUAUACGUGGCCUCAAUACCUUUGUUGAACAUCAGCUACGGGAGGGAUGCAAGACAAAAACCAGUCAGUAUCCCUGCAAAUAUUGUGGCUUGGUGUUCUCGGAAAAGAAGCUGCUGAUCGUACACAAAAAGGCCUGUGUUGAGACCUCGCUGAUCAACGGUGCUCAUGAGUGUGACAUUUGCGGGAGACGGUUUUUGGUGCGCGGACGUGUCGAAACCCACAAAAGAAAUGUUCACAGUAUUGGAACGGCUGAUCAGCAACUCUGCAGUUAUUGUGGAAGAACGUUUGGUUCCAGCUAUAACAUGAAGAACCAUUUAGCAAGAGAACAUGGGAUUGGUCAGAUUGAAAUGGUUGUGUGUGAACUUUGUGGCGGGAAGUUCUCCGACCGAUCCAGCCUGCGCAACCACAUGAAGAACAUCCACGGAGAACGCAAGUACGAGUGCGAAACCUGCGGGAAGAAGUUUGCCACCCCGGGAAUGCGCAACCACCACAUGAACGAGAUGCAUAACAACACCUACAAUUACGAGUGCAGCAUCUGUGGCGAACAGUUCAAUGUCAGCUUUAAAUAUAGGUAUCAUAUGCGCAAGAUGCACAACACUCUCCAGUAUUCGUGUGAUGAUUGUGGUCGAACAUUUAUCAUGAGGAGUGAUCUGUAUCGUCAUGUCAGAGGCGUUCACAUGGGCAUACGUGACCCGAAGCGAUAUCCGUGCAAAGUGUGUGGGAGGCUGUUUCCCAGCAUGUACAAGGUCAAGAGGCACAUGAGCAGUCACGGAUACUUGUCCUCGAAGACCGACAAGAACAUUCUGGAGCAGCACGUUCCUGAGAUCGACCCAACGACCAACAGCCUGAGGGCCAGCGACUCAGCUGCGGCAACGGUGCUCGCAGAUGCCGUGGCGGAGAACAACGAUGGCACGAGCAUUGAUGUGCAUCAGCUGCAAGUGCCGGAAAUUUAUGCGGCACCUCACAUAACAACAUUAACGCCGGAAAUCUUGCAAGGAGGGCCAGACAUGGUGGAGGCCGAGACGAUGGUAGUUGGCUCCAUGUCCAGCAUCGUAGUGUCGGCAUCAUCCAUAUCAGACAGCAUCACGGCUGAGCUCCAGCACCCUCUGCACGAGCACCAGCACACACGCCACGACCACCACCAGCAGGACCAGCACCAACAGCAGCCGCAAGACCAGCAGUUCCGCCGCGGGAACAAUGCCGUCAACAUACAGCAGUCCCUGGCGCAGACCAUCAUGCCCAUGCACCAGAUGAUCGUGAUCCAGGAUUCCGUCAGCGUACCGGGUCAUGCAGACUUUACUGUGGCACCUUCGAGUAGUCAGGUCAUCUCGGCUUCUCCGGCCACCAACCAAGUCAUCUCGGUGUCACAGUCUGGAGGAAAUCAAGUCAUUUCUGUUCCUCAGUCAGGGAGCCAGGUCAUCUCCGUCCCGCAGUCGUCGAAUCAGGUCAUUUCUGUUCCCUCGGAGUCUGGACAGGUCAUUUCCAUACCUCAGUCUAGCGGACAGGUGAUCACCGUGCCAUCUGUGAGCAGCCAAGUCAUCUCUGUUCCCUCUGUUAAUUCACAGGUCAUUACCGGGUCACUUCAUACCUCACAGGGGGCCUUCACUCUGCCACUGACCCAGCAGUCUACGCAAAUUCACAAUCAGCAAAAAUUACCGACUAUUCACUAUCAGUAUUUUCCAUCGUAAUGUUUACUAUUUUAUGUAUGAUAUAAUAAUAUAGAGUAACUUUGCCUCUUGCAAUGCACUUUGAAAUUUCCUUAAAGGAGAGUAGAUAUAUUGCACAGUCUUGAAGAUACAUAUGGUAUUUCAAAAUAAACCAGAUAACCUUACAUCUUGUUCAACACCAUUCUCAGGCGCUCACAAAGUAACAUUCAAGAAAUUUGAAUAAAAGGGAAAACUGCAACAGUGAGACAAAGAGAUAGACAAGGACUAAGUGGACCACUGGUUCUGUUUCUUGCAUAUGUACAUGAUUUAAGGGUAUGUGCAUUGAAAGGUGUCUUCAUACCAAUGGCCCAAAAAUACAUAAAUUAAAUGUUUUAUCUGUUUAAACUUUUAUCUAUAACAUAAGUAUCAGUAUGUUCACUACAGACAUGAGAAUGUAGUACAUAUAUAUGAGCUUAUUGAUGUUUAUGUAAUAGAUUAGAUUUUAAAAUAGUAAACUAAAAUAAACAUGUUUUUUGGUUAUUGGUCUGAGGAUGUGCAUACCCUCCUUUUAAAUAAGGGAACCACCAUAGUGCAGUGGGAAUAUAUGCAGCAGAUGCCAAGAGGGUUUCCAAGUAUCUUGAGUUUGAGACCUGUUCCUGAUUGGAGAUGAGGAAGGGGAUCCACUUCAGGGAGUGGCCCUCGUGACCAAAGCCAAAGUCCUUUAAAGGAAGGCACCGUCUUAGCCCCUGUGAGGGAGUUCAUGACGUAAAACUGGAUCGCGCAUUAUAUUGUAUAUUUUGAUAUGUUAUGACAACUAUUGUUGGAAUAUUUUUUGUAUAAGUUAUUAUGAAUGAAUAAAUAUAUACAUUUAUA